UCGCGCUUUCUUUCCUCUGAUCGAAAUUCCAGAGAGCAUCCUUAACAUACAAUGGAUGCGAACCGAACUGAAGGAUCCACAUUACAGGGGCCCAGUGCUGAAGAGAUAAGGUCACUAUCUCGACGAAUGGGCUUUGUUAUUAAAGACGAGGAGAUAUCCGUUUAUUUAGAGGCGAUGACCAGCACUCUCCGUCAUACUUACCAGCGGUUAUGCGACUUACCAGAGUCUAGACUCCCUGUGAAAUAUCCGCGGGAAGCCGGUUACAGGCCAGGGCCAGCUGAAAACCCUUACAAUGCGUGGUCCUGGCGUUGUGACGUAAUAGGCGCUCAAAGCGGUAAACUCCAAGGAAAAACCAUCGCUAUCAAAGAUAACAUCCCAGUGGCUGGACUGCCAAUGACUAGUGGAUCCCGGAUGUUAGAACAUUAUGUCCCGGAUCAUGAUGCCACUGUGGUGACUCGGAUAUUAGAUGCUGGAGGGAUAAUCACAGGGAAAGCCGUAUGUGAGGAGUGGUGUUUUACUGCUACUAGCUGCACCGCAUUCACGGGUCCUGUUGUCAACCCUCACAAUGAAACGAGAAUGGCUCUCGGGUCUUCAUCCGGCUCAGCAGCACUGGUGGCGGGUGGAUACGCGGACAUGGCCAUGGGUGGUGAUCAAGGGGGGUCCAUCAGGAUCCCCUCUGCUGCUUGUGGAAUUGUGGGAUUGAAGCCAACAUACGGCCUAGUACCUUAUACGGGAAUGGUACCUAUAAAUCUCUUACUGGAUCAUACGGGACCUAUGGCAAGGACCGUCUCGGAUGUAGCUUUGCUCUUAGAGGUGAUAGCAGGAUUGGAUGGAGACCUGGAUCCAAGACAACCACGUGACCUUGGUAAACCAAAUUCCUACAUCAAUGAGCUCAAUGGAGAUAUUUCCACCUUACGGAUCGGCGUUCUUCAAGAAGGUUUUGAGAUGCCUGGAGCUGACACGGAAAUUAUGUCAUUUGUGAGGGAGGCCGCUGGCCGGUUUUCAACUUUGGGGGCUACUGUUGAAAACGUUUCAGUGCCAAUGCAUUUUGAUGGAAUUCUUAUAUGCGACGCAAUUUGCUCAGAAGGCGGUUACAGACUACUCAGUGGAUAUAAUUCCGACGCAAGAGGAUUUGUUGACACGAGUCUUCAGAAGGCCAUUGGCCGUGGUUUACAAUCUCAUGCCAAUGAUCUGAGUGCUGCCGGAAAGUUAACAGUCAUGCUUGGUGCUUAUGUGCAUGAAAAAUUCCGAGGAGUAUUUCACGGCAAGGCUAUAAAUUUAUCACGAAAGUUGUGCGAGGAAUAUGAUAAAGCUUUGGAAUCUUACGAUGUUCUGGUUUUACCAACGAUAGUUACAAAGCCUCCCAAAGUUCAAGACAGAAGCCAACUUAAUUUUGGAACGGCGUUUGACUUCUGUCAGAAUACUGGUCCUUUCAAUGUCACAGGACACCCAGCCCUGUCAAUCAACGCCGGCUUCAGUGACGGCUUACCAGUUGGUAUGAUGAUUGUGGGAAGAAAGUUUGACGAAGCCACUGUUCUGAAUGUUGCUUAUGCUUACGAGAAGAUGCGAGACUCUAAAUCAAUUUAAGAACUUAAAUUUUUUUGACGAGAAGAUAAGUAACAUAUACUGCUUUAAUUAGUAGCGAGAGACAGAAAUUAUGGUUAGCUAAACGAAAAUAAAUUUUCUUAAUUCAUCCAUAGUACUUGUCUUUAAAGUUCCCUGGAGACAAUCAUUCAAAACGGAUCAAAACUGAAAAAAGUUGUUACUUUUGGAGAAAGUUUAGCUCAAUGAGAAUUCUUUGCCUAAAAUAGUAGUUAGUUACGCUUGAGAGAAGUAGAUUCCAACGGUUCAGUGCUUAGCAGAGGUAAAUUUUUAUUUUAGAGGGGAAGAAGGCGAGACGUAUUUUAACUAAAAAUCUAAAAUAUAUCUUCAAUCAUUAUUCAUCACUUGGAUGGUUUAUUUGGACCUAACAUAAUGACCAGCUCGCGACUACUGAAUGUAAGGCCUGAAACCAAAAUUGUGGGGUCUGGUCUCGUUAGAGUUGGGAAGGUCAUAAGUAUAAACCAACAGUCCUUUACUGAUAUCUGUUCAAAUGCUCAGACGUAAGCUAUUUCGUGAGUUAUUCUGGGUUUUGAUCGUCACUACGGUCCACGGACAUGAAAAGACGGGAUGCCAUUGGUUUCCUCCACGGAAAAGUAUGAAAGUCGCUGCUUUGAAAAUAUCAAACUUUGACGAUGUAUGGGGUGCUACACAACCAUCUUUUUCGGAGGCAUAACCGUUGCUAACGGUACUAACUUACUGUAAGUAACUGAGUUAGUUUUAAUAGUGACAGAAAUGAUAGCAGCCCGCUUUACAUAAGGUCAGCGUGAACUUUGCGGACUCAAGAAGUCAGCAUGAAAAUGAUGUUGGGGCCUCGUUGACAAUCAGAACAAAGGCGAUGCAUAAUUAAAAAAAAAAAAAAAUCUCAGGGAAUUAUAAAGGUCCCUAACCUUGAU